UUGCAAAAUCCACAAACUCAAAAACCAAAUACCAACAGCCAAUUAGAACCAAACAACUCAGACAUCUUCCACUUAUUCAAUUCCACAUCUUAUCCUCUCUGCAGCCACCAAUCCCUUCUCUCUAAAUCUAAACAACAAAACACCAUCUCAUCCUCUCCACACUCCAGCCCCAAGAAACACACACAACAAACAGCUCACAAUCAGUGUCUAGCCAUGGCUCUCUCAAUUCCCACAAACCUCUACAAGCCAAUUUCAAACCCCAGGCUCAACUCUCAGUUCACAGCAAAGCCAAAGCUAGCUAAUAUUGUCUGCUCUGCUGCACCACAGAACAAUAAUAUCUCCACUUCUGCAGACCAGGAGAGCUCAGCAUCAUCACUCAAGGCAUUCUCAGCUGCUCUAGCACUGUCCUCAAUUCUGCUCUCGGCUCCGGUGCUCCCGGCAUCCGCAGACAUUGCAGGGCUCACCCCAUGCAAGGAUUCUAAACAGUUUGCUAAGAGGGAAAAGCAACAACUCAAGAAGCUCGAGUCCUCACUCAAAAUUUAUGCACCAGAUAGUGCUCCUGCCCUUGCCAUCAAAGCAACCAUGGAGAAGACCAAGAGAAGGUUUGAUAACUAUGGAAAGCAAGGUUUGUUAUGUGGAUCAGAUGGAUUACCACAUCUGAUAGUGAGUGGUGAUCAAAGACACUGGGGAGAGUUCAUUACUCCAGGGAUUUUGUUCUUGUAUAUUGCCGGAUGGAUUGGAUGGGUCGGAAGGAGCUACCUGAUUGCAAUCAGAGAUGAGAAGAAGCCGACACAGAAGGAGAUCAUCAUCGAUGUUCCGUUGGCAUCAAAGCUCCUCUUCAGAGGCUUCAGCUGGCCUGUGGCUGCUUACAGAGCUUACCUCAAUGGAGAUCUGAUUGACCCCUCUGUCUAAACCUGUGUGUGUCUUUUUAUCUAUCAGUCCUCUGUUUAUUCUUAAUGUAAUGCUACAAGAAAUGUACAUCAACUUUUCAUGGAAGCGGAGUGAUGGAAUUUUUUUUUUUAAA